GCCACGCAGAAACUCGCCAUCCUCCCGGAAGUCGUCCGGCUAAUGAACAAAAACACCAUUCAAUCCUCCCUCGUGGACCCCGAGAUCAACCUCCUCGAAGCCGUGCGUUUCAUGCUCGAGCCCGCGGACUUCGACGCCGCGUUACCAAACUACAAGAUCCAGCGCGAACUCUUCGCGAUCCUGAGUAAACUGACCAUGAAUAAAGAAGCCCUCGUCGCGAGCGGGAUAGGCAAAGUAGUCCUCUUCUACACCCGCUCCACCCAACCCCAACCGGACAUCAAACGCAUGGCCGAACGGCUAAUCUACGCCUGGAUGCGCGUCGUCCUCGGCCGCGACAAGUCAGACGGCGGC